AUGAAAGGUACAGUUAUGAUAAGUUGCUUGCUAUUAGCACUGCUAUCAACUUCAGUUACCAGUUAAGAACAAUAUGAACUUGUUGAGAAGAAAUUCCAAAAGUCGAAGUUAAAGGCUCCAGCUAGAGUUAAAGCUAACAAAUGCUUCUGCCUCUUGGACGAUGGUUUGAAUUCAAUUUGUCUCGAUGAUACUAUAUCUGUUAAAGCUGGUUGGGAAUUCACCCAAGAAUACUCAAUUUACAAUGGAGUUCCUGCUUCAGGUACUGGAACAGUAUCAUAAUACUACUACAAAUUGAGAGCAUAACCCUAUAUAUCAGUUGAUGCAGUCAUCCAUCCCUAUUUAAUCAUCGACAAGCUUUACACUAAUGAAAUAACAGCUGAUUUAGACAGUUUUAAGGCUUAUGUUUUCGGUGAGCUUCUCUAUUUCUAGGACCACAGCAUUUGUUUAAAUGCUGGUUGGGCCACUGACAAGAUCCUCUUUACUCUCCAAAUGGCUAUGUCAUUCAGAGAUUGUUACAAGACAGUCAUCAACACUUUAUUCAACUUUGAUAAUUGGGUAGGACCAAGUGCUAAAUGGAUUGACUCUUGCGAUAAGAGUAAUGAUGAAGAUCUUACACUCUAUUCAUGGAAUCCAAUUACUGCUGCGAAAGUAAAUCAAUACUGGUUUGGUGAUGGCACAUUGAAAACUAGUGGAUGUUUCCCAGGAAAUCUAUUUAAAGACUCAUUUGGAGGUCAAGCUUUAAAUAAUUUGAUCGUCUAUGUCUUCGCUCAAUUUAUGAAUUUCGAGAAAGUAGAAGAAUGA